AGUCGCACUAGGGAAAAGGGGCGCGAGCGGAAGUGACGUAGCGCUUGCACACGCGGUUUAGCGUAGUUCACGCGGGUCACUCCGGCUGGGUUUGGGAAGUUACGAGCUCCUGUACCUGCGCUAGGCCGAACCUCGCACUCCGGUCCUCGUCCCGUCGUCAAGAUGGUGAAGCCCAAGUACAAAGGACGGAGCACCAUCAACCCGUCUAAGUCAAGCACAAACCCGGAUCGAGUACAGGGAGCAGGAGGCCAAAACAUGAGGGACCGGGCCACAAUCCGACGCCUGAAUAUGUACAGGCAGAAGGAGCGCAGGAACAGCCGUGGUAAAGUGAUUAAGCCUCUGCAGUAUCAAUCAACGGUGGCUUCUGGCACAGUGGCGAGAGUGGAGCCAAAUAUUAAAUGGUUUGGAAACACACGUGUGAUUAAGCAGUCAUCAUUACAAAAAUUUCAAGAGGAAAUGGAUACAGUUAUGAAGGAUCCUUACAAAGUUGUCAUGAAGCAAAGCAAGUUACCCAUGUCUCUUCUCCAUGAUCGAAUCCAGCCUCAUAACUCGAAGGUGCACAUUCUUGAUACUGAAAGCUUUGAAACUACAUUUGGCCCAAAGGCACAGAGGAAGCGACCAAAUUUAUUUGCGAGUGACAUGCAGUCUCUUGUAGAAAAUGCAGAAAUGUCCACUGAGAGCUAUGACCAGGGCAAGGAUCGGGAUUUGGUAACUGAAGACACGGGUGUGAGAAAUGAAGCCCAAGAGGAGAUAUACAAAAAGGGACAGUCCAGAAGAAUAUGGGGUGAGCUCUACAAGGUGAUAGAUUCAUCAGAUGUUGUAGUUCAGGUUCUUGAUGCUCGAGACCCAAUGGGUACCCGUUCCCCUCACAUCGAGACUUACUUGAAAAAGGAGAAGCCGUGGAAACACCUCAUCUUUGUUCUUAACAAAUGUGACCUUGUUCCAACGUGGGCAACAAAACGAUGGGUUGCUGUCCUCUCCCAGGAUUAUCCAACACUUGCUUUCCAUGCAAGUCUUACUAACCCCUUCGGAAAAGGAGCAUUUAUUCAGCUUCUACGGCAGUUUGGAAAGUUGCACACUGACAAGAAACAGAUCAGCGUUGGGUUCAUUGGCUAUCCAAAUGUUGGCAAGAGCUCUGUGAUAAACACGUUACGCUCCAAGAAAGUGUGCAGCGUGGCCCCCAUUGCAGGUGAAACAAAGGUCUGGCAGUAUAUCACCUUGAUGCGCCGGAUAUUCCUCAUCGACUGUCCUGGUGUGGUUUACCCCUCUGAGGACUCGGAGACAGACAUCGUGCUGAAAGGCGUUGUUCAAGUUGAAAAAAUUAAGACUCCUGAGGACCACAUUGGUGCUGUACUCGAGCGAGCAAAACCAGAAUAUAUCAGUAAGACGUACAAGAUUGAUUCUUGGGAGAAUGCCGAGGACUUCCUUGAGAAGCUAGCUUUCCGGACUGGGAAGUUAUUAAAGGGCGGUGAGCCUGACUUGCAGACUGUGGGGAAGAUGGUUCUCAAUGACUGGCAGAGGGGCCGCAUUCCUUUCUUUGUCAAGCCACCCAAUGCAGAGCCCCCUGCAGAGGCCCCUGCAACCCCCCAGCUUCCACCCUCAUCAUCUUUGGAAGCUGCCCCAGAAGCAACCCAGAACAACCCAGAAGAGAAAAUUACAGAAACUGUAGGUGAAGAGUCAGCAUCUGUCGUUGAGAAGGAACAAGGAGAGGACAGUCCCUGUGACGCCAACUCAGAGAUGCAGCAGAUCCUCGCACGGGUGCGGCAGAACUUCGGCAAAAUCAACGUCGUGCCUGAGUUUUCUGGGGAUGACCUGGUUCCUUUGGAGAUGUCAGAUAUCGAUGAGGAGCUUGAGAGCUCUUUGGAGGAGGAGGAGGAGGAGGAGGAAGAACAGGAGCAACAGGGAGGAGAGGAAGAGGAUUGCCCAGAGUCCCGGGAAGAACACGUGGGAAAUGACACCAAGGCAGCUAUUAAAGCCCUGGAUGAAAAGAUUGCCAAAUACCAGAAGUUUUUAAACAAAGCCAAAGCAAAAAAGUUUUCAGCGGUCAGAAUAUCCAAGGGACUAAGUGAAAUGGUUUUUGCAAAAUCUGAAGAGCAAAAAGCAACAACUGAAGAAGAUGUGGAAGAUGCAGCACCUGCCAAAAAGGGAAGGAAGAGGAAGGCACAGAGAGAAGAGGAGCAUUCAAAUAAAACUCGCAAGACGCUUACAUCUAAGGAACGGAGGCGAGCAGCACGGAAGCAACAAUCCAGAAAAGUUGGUGUCCGCUACUAUGAAACACACAACGUGAAAAAUAGAAACAGGAACAAAAAGAAGACCAGUGACUCAGAGGGACAGAAACAUAAACACAAGAAAUUCAAGAAUAAGCAGUAACAUUUUAAAAGCUGUUUAUUAAAUUAUACAAAAAUAUGCCAUUA